UGUUUGAAUAGCCAAACAGUCUGUCUGUAAGCCCGUCAAAUGUAAGAGGUGCCACCUGAUUGGGUGGGGUGGUAUCGGAGAUUGUCGCAGUCUCCAUUGCCGGGAAUUACCGAGUUGAUUGGGUGGAACCUUUUUUUGGGACCCGGCCAUCGACGACCUGUUCAUCGCAGCGAAUUCAUCAGAGAUCCUUCUGAUUGUCACACUUGGCCACUGCGAGGGGCUAUCAACACCUCUAUCUCUCCACUCACUCACUCACUCUUGCACCCUCCACGUCGUAUCUCCCCACCCCUCCCCUUUCACCAUGAGACUCUCUCGCGCGGCGAUGCUGGCGAGGUCAUCCCGCUCUGCGGUCGCGAUUCCAAACACCAGAUCCUAUGUUGUGGCCUCUCAGACUGCUCGAGCGACUGAAGCCAAAAACUUUGGUCAACCCAAAGGCUACCCUAUCAUCGAUCAUGAGUUCGAUGCUGUCGUUGUAGGAGCAGGAGGUGCAGGUCUUCGAGCAGCCUUUGGAUUGGCGGAAGGUGGACUGAAAACUGCCUGUAUCACCAAAUUGUUCCCUACUCGAAGUCACACUGUUGCCGCCCAGGGAGGUGUGAACGCUGCGCUUGGAAAUAUGACGGAGGACGAUUGGAGAUGGCACAUGUACGAUACUGUCAAGGGAUCCGAUUGGCUCGGAGAUCAAGACGCGAUUCAUUACAUGUGUCGAGAGGCUCCCAACACGGUUAUUGAGCUCGAGCAUUAUGGCGUUCCAUUCUCAAGGACGAAAGAAGGCAAGAUUUAUCAACGUGCUUUCGGAGGUCAAUCUCUUAAAUACGGUAAAGGUGGUCAAGCCUAUCGAUGUGCUGCUGCGGCGGAUCGAACGGGUCACGCCAUCUUGCACACGCUAUAUGGUCAAUCCCUCCGUCACAACACCAACUUUUUCAUCGAAUACUUUGCGCUCGAUCUUUUGAUGCAGGACGGCAAAUGUGUCGGCGUUAUUGCGCUCAACAUGGAAGAUGGAACUCUCCAUCGAUUCAGAGCUCACAACACUGUUCUCGCCACGGGCGGAUACGGACGAGCCUACUUUUCUUGUACUUCGGCUCAUACCUGUUCGGGAGACGGUAAUGCCAUGGUCGUCAGGGCUGGAUUACCAUUACAGGAUCUGGAAUUCGUUCAAUUCCACCCCACUGGUAUCUACGGUGCUGGAUGUCUGAUCACGGAAGGAUCAAGAGGAGAAGGUGGAUACUUGCUCAACAGUGAAGGAGAACGAUUCAUGGAGAGAUACGCUCCCACCGCCAAGGAUUUGGCGUCUCGAGAUGUCGUUUCGAGAUCGAUGACUUUGGAAAUCAGAGAAGGUCGUGGUGUCGGUCCUGACAAGGAUCACAUCUUCCUUCAAUUGAGUCAUCUUCCACCUGAGAUCCUUCACGAGCGAUUGCCCGGUAUCUCCGAGACUGCGGCCAUCUUCGCCGGUGUCGACGUCACCAAGGAGCCUAUCCCCGUGCUCCCGACUGUCCAUUACAACAUGGGAGGUAUUCCCACCAAGUACACUGGUGAAGUCCUCACCGUCGAUGCCCAAGGCAAAGACAAGGUUGUGCCUGGUCUCUACGCUGCUGGAGAAGCUGCUUGUGUCUCGGUUCACGGAGCCAACCGACUUGGAGCCAACUCCCUGCUCGACAUUGUCGUCUUUGGUCGAGCUUGUGCCAACCACAUCAAGGAGAACAGCAAGCCUGGGCAACCCCAUGGACCGAUGCAGGAUGAUCUAGGCAAAGCCAGUAUCGCCGAGCUUGACAAGAUCAGAAAUUCAUCUGGUCCCCUCAGCACUGCUGAAAUCCGACUGAACAUGCAAAAGACGAUGCAGACCGAUGCUGCCGUUUUCCGAACUCAGGAAUCGCUCGAUGAGGGAGUCAAAAAGAUGACCGACGUUUACCAAUCAUACGACAAAGUGGGAAUCAAGGACCGAAGUAUGAUCUGGAACUCGGACCUCGUUGAGACACUGGAAUUGAGGAAUAUCAUGCAGAACGCCAUGCAGACGGUCGUCUCUGCCGCUGCUCGAAAGGAAUCGAGAGGAGCUCAUGCAAGAGAAGAUUUCCCAGAACGUGAUGAUGAAAAGUGGAUGAAACAUACACUGUCAUUCCAACAUGAUGCCAACUCGCCAAAGGUCGACUUGUCUUACCGAUCUGUCAUUGACACUACCUUGGACGAGAGCGAGUGCAAGCCCGUGCCUCCUUUCAAGCGAACCUAUUAAGUGGUUUCACUUGAUGUAUGACUCGCCUUGUCUUUUCUUUCCCUCAGAGUAUACGAUACUGUGGUUUGUUUGCUGUCGUGAAGAUGCAUGAGCGUGUCCCAUGUA